GCGGUUUCGCGCUCAGGUUUGGGGGCGGUUUCGCGCUCAGGUUUGGGGCGGUUUCGCGCUCAGGUUGGGCGGCUUUCACUGCCCCGAUUGAGUUGCGUCGUGCGGUGUUCAGCGUUGCGCGGCUUUGGGCGGGCGGAUAAGACGUGUAAACCUGUAAAAAGCGUCGGGGGCUACUUUUUGGGCUGGUGGUCUGGUGGACUUUGGGCUACUUGUAGCCUCGCCUGCCCCCCCCCGGCCUGCAGCCCGGCCCGGCCCGGCUCUGGUCUGCUCAGGGAGGGGAGGAAAGGGGAGGUGGGCUGGUGAGCUGACAGCUCCCACUCCCGAGGGAGGGAGGGAGGGAGGUGGAGGUCAGGGUACCAGGGCCGGUCAGGUGGGAGGGACUGACGAGCACCGCCGGCCCGGCUCCGGCUCCGAUGGAUCGAGAUCCUUCUCCCAAGAAGAUGGCCGACGAGGACGAUGAGCCGCCAUUUGAUGAAGACGUGGAGGAAAGUGGAAGUGGUGCAGAGGGUGGGCAAGGCACGAAGAGACUCUUCUCCAAGGAACUGAGAUGUAUGAUGUAUGGCUUUGGGGAUGACCAGAAUCCAUACACUGAAUCAGUGGAUAUUUUGGAGGACCUCGUCAUAGAGUUUAUCACAGAGAUGACUCACAAGGCCAUGUCAAUAGGACGCCAGGGUCGAGUGCAAGUGGAAGAUAUUGUUUUUCUGAUUCGCAAAGACCCACGGAAAUUUGCCAGAGUGAAAGAUCUACUGACAAUGAAUGAAGAGCUGAAGCGUGCCAGGAAAGCUUUUGAUGAAGCCAAUUAUGGCUCCUAGACAAGGAAGCGUUUAGUCCAAGUAGUUGAAAAAUUCAGUAUAAUUGCUGAAACUUGGGAAAGGCAUAAAAUAGUAUCAGUGUGGACAGACUGGAACUUGACAGAAUAGGGUAAUACCUUAAAGAAUUUGUUUAAAACUACUAUACAUUUCACCAAAACAAGUGCUGUAUUUGAACAGCACAUGCAACAUCAGGGGUAUCUCAGUGGAUUUGGCAAUAAACAUGAGAAGUGUUUACUUAUUUAAACUUCAUCCUAAAAGGGUGAUGGUUAAUAAGGGUCGAGUGUUUGCUGCUACAAUUUUCGUCUAUAAAGUUGAAAAUUUUUGAGACCGUCCUUUAUAACGUUCAAAAAUUGAAAAAGGAACAAUGCAAAAACGGAAUGGCAGGGAAAGUGAUUUUAUAAAUCAUAAUGUUUAUUACAAAAAAAGUAAAAGACCAAUGAACCUUAGCUAAAUGGGAAUGUUCACAUAUAAACACGUGUAAGGUAAUUGAAAAUGAGGAUGUUGCAAAAUUCAUGUGAAUUCUUAAGCUCAUAAAAUGUAUAGCAUUUGUCACUACUAUCACCGUUUGCAGGGCAUUUUAAAAAUAUAUUUUGAGGAUUUAAACUCCAAAUUGCAUUUGGUGUUUUUAAUCCUUAAUUUUCUUUAAAUAUUAUUUAAAAUUAAUGGUGCUACAUAAUGCUUUUACUGUUCCAUUUCUUAUCUCUUGUGUUGUGUUUUUUUAAUACAAAAUAAAACUUUUUUGGGAUCUCAAAUUAAAACACA